CAAAUCUUCAGACUUUCAUACGAUCAGACAUGUUAAUACGAGAAUAAACACAUCCCGAGUUUGCUAGAAAUCUGGAUUUGAAUACAGCCUGGUGCUGCCUGUCCUCUGCACUAGCCUUCCUCAUUUAUACCAUUCUAUACUUCACAAGCCACGAACUUCACCGUCAACCACAACCUCAUACCUCACACUCUACAACCAAUCCUCAACUUCAUUUCUAUAUUCAUCAACAACCUCAAGAUAACCACCAUGGAAGCCCCCCAUUUCUUUCGCCAAGCCUCCCGCCUCACCUCUCCCUCCACCACCACCGUCAACACCCGCAUUCCCCCAAUCGCCCGCCGCACCACCACCACCACCACCACAUCCUCCUCAGGUGCCUCAACAAUAAUCCCCACGCACAUCGUCCUCCUCUCGCGCAACAAACUCCAGCGCGAGACUGCCACCAAGAGCCCGGACCUCCGCCGCUGCCUUGCGCACCAGCGCCUCCUACACCGGUCCAUCGAAGCAGCCCAACAAGCCGUCCGCGCUCAAAUGGCCACCUUCUCCCUCGAAGACGAGGACACCAUCGACGAGGAAGAAGAAUUCGACGACCCUCGCUCCUACACCAGCUCGCCCAUCGAGACAGCCCCACCAGUCACCGCGAUCCGCGAACAGAUCACCGGGGCCGUUCGGGCGAUGGUCCGACGGCGCUCUGCCUCUGCCUCCGCCUCCGCUUCUACACCCACAUCUUCUUCCGCUGUCCCCGCUACCGCGCAGAAACACAGCGCAGCAGGACUGAAGCGCGUAGCAUCACAACAGAAUCUCCUGGCAGCCAGCAACGAUAGCGGGGCCGUGAAUCUGGUCAGCAAAGAGGGCCCUCGACAAGCGUCCGUUGCUGUUGCUGUUGGGGGCCCGGCGGUGCUGCGCAAGACUAAGCGAUACACGUCGCGGAUUGUGUUUGGGCGGCGGCGGUGGCCGCUCUACGGGCAUGCGCAUGCGCAUGCGCCGCAGCAGCCAGCACUGGUUAGCUGACACGCGUUGUGUCGGUGGUUGUUUUACUUGUCGUACUAUACUAGAUGGUAUUGCGAUAGAUGGCCAUGUCUUUUGGGGUGUUGUAUAUUUACUUCCUGGGCAGAUGCCCU